AUGUCGGCCGCGGGGCGGGCUGCGGACUCGGCGGUCGCGAGGCCUCGGACGGCGUCGGCCCAGGAGGAAGCUGCGGGAGGAGGACGGGGCCCGGCGGUCCGGCGGCCGCUCCGCCGAGCGAGUUCCAGCGACGGGGCGGAAGCGGGAUGCGCGACAGGAGCCGCGGCGGGAGGCGGGAGGCGGGAGGCGGGAGGUAGGGGUGGGAAAGAAGGGGGCAGGGGUGGGGAGGGGGCGGGGCGCUCUCCCGCCCCUCACCCGCGCCGCCGCGCCCCCUCCUCAGCGCCUGCCGGCCGAUCUCGCAAAGUCUCGCGAGAGCGGCGCCGCCCACCUCGCCCUCGGCUGCGGCUGGGGGUCUCGCGGCUCUCGGCUAAGGCGCCGCGCCGCGCUGUGUUCGUGCGCGUCGUGCCCGACCUCUCCGGGGCCUGUCCGCCUGCUGGGGGUCGUGGCGGGGGCCUGGAAGGGCCUGGGGCAGUCACCAGCGGGGCUCGUCCCGCAGCGUCGAGCGCCCACCGAAGGGCGACCAAGGUGACGGAGUCUUUCUCUGCCACCAGGAAAUACAUUCUAGCUCAUUCCACUAAUAAGAUGCUAAAGUGGCCACUGGAACAAGCACUUACCAACCUCGUGUGGUGGCUCUGUGAUGUGUCGACGUGGCCAGGCUGGACUGUACUUUCCAGAAUUCUCCUCCCUGUACAUUCUCAGAAUGGCCACAGGAGACACGUGGCCCAAGACUGCAAAGUCAGAACGAGGCAGCAGCCGUGCUGUUUUCCUUUCGGGCCAGUGCAGGGGCUGAGGGUUGUCGCAGGUUGCCCAUUGUCACCUGUCUGCUGGCUCACCUCCUUGAUGUAGGACAGAAAUUCUGCACCUUCAGCUUCUCUGAUUCCUGGGCCAGGUACACACUGAGCAUCACGCUGAGAGGUGCCAGCUUCUCCCACAGGAUACCUGCACCGUCAGCACUAGUCUUUGUAGAGAAAUAAAGUGUGGCAAUGGGACCACGCGCAAAGAACCCACAGGUCUCACCCUGUGCCCUCAUCCUGAAGCUACUGGCCUGAUAGAAUGAUGAAAUGGCCUUUGAAGACUCAUGUGUGGCACCAGCCACGUAGCAUUACUGCGCAGCUUUUGAGGCUGAGGCAAUGUCCUCUAGGACGCUGUAUAAAUCAGAGCUGACGCACUGCUCUUGCUUCCCUGGCCAGACUCAUGGGUCUGGGAAGUGAGGGGUGAACAUGGGCACGGCUUCUUUCGUUAUUACCCCUUGUCAUCCACUAGUGAGCUUUUUGCUUCUUAUCACAGACUUUAGUUUCUGCUAGUCCAGAGGUUUUAGUUUCAAAGGUAGGAAUGUUUCCAUCAAAGGACAUAAUAAUGGUUCCAUUAAGCUGGAAGUUGAGACUUCUACCUGGUUCUUAUGCCAAUGAAUAAACA